AUGGAUCCAUGCCAAGGAAGUUCGUCAAGGAGGGGCUCCACUGGUGCUGGACAUGACAACAAGCACAAGGAGGUUCGUCAAGGAGCGGCAGCAGUUCCUUCUUACUGCCUGUUGCCGGAGGAGACGGCCCGCGGCAAGGGCGGCGUCCAGCUCCAUGAGAUUUUCUCGGUAGAUCGCCAGCAGCCAACGCUGGAGGUUUGA